AUGGACGCAGGCGUCCUCGCUUCGAUACUCGACUCGGCCAGCGCGUCCUCGCCGCUGGCCGAGUCGAGUAUCGAUCGCCGCGACGUCGCGUCGGACCUGCCCGCGCCGCUCAAGCCCAAGGCGCCGGACCUGGCCGCGCCGCUCAAGCCCAAGGCGUCGGCCGCCGAGGUCGUCCACCUCACGUCGCGGCUCGUGUCGCGCAAGAGCCUGCUGGCGCUCCAGAAGAUGAACGCCCUCAUCGACGACCCCACGGAGGACGCGGUCCUGCGGCCCGGCGACGACGACGCGGCGCUCGUCGCCCGGGGCAUCUUGGCGGGCUUCCUGCGGCGCGUGCGCACGGACGACGUCAUGCUCGCGUCCUACUACCGCCUGCUGCGGUUCCUCGUCUACGUGCUCGCGAUCGUCACGGUCAUCGCCAUGCAGCUCGGCGUCUUCGAGGGCAACACGACCGUGACCUACGCGACGGUGCGCGACGCCAUCUACCAUCUGAGCGGCGAGAUCAUCCCGAACGACGCGCCCGGCGACAUCGCCGGCAGCGUCAACGGCUGGGACGUCUACGUGGACGGCGUCGAGGCCGUCAUCGACGCCGUCUUCCAGGAGGAGGCCUGCGGCGACGGGCUCUGCAGCCGGACGGACGAGAUGCCCUCCUGGGACCCCGGCGAGUUCGUGCUCGGGUCCCGCGACGGCGGCGCGCCGCGCGACUUCGAGGGCUGCGCGUCGGACUGCGGCGCGCAGCUCACGACGAACGUCACCGUGUCCUUCUACGACGCGUGGAAGCUCGCGGCGCACACGGACCUCGUGCGGGCCGUCAUCGCGGAGGGCCGGCUCUGCGACGACGCCGGCGCGUGCUACUCGACGGAGGCGUGGCAGUACGCGGAGCCCCGGGCGGGCUGGAACCUCUGCCACGACAGCGACACGGAGUUCGGCGUCGACGCGACCACCGUCUGCGUCUUCGACGGCGACUUCUUCGUCGACGGCCUCCCCUUCCGGUCCAGCGAGCUCGACAGCGCGCACGAGAGCUUCGGCAGCGCGGUCACGCUGGCUUUGUACGGCGGCGACUGGGAGGUGCGCUACGCCUUCUCGGGCUACGUCUGGACGCACCCGACGCGCGCCUCGCCCUACGCCGUCGCGUUCCCGGCGGUGCGGGGCAAGGUCUGCUACGUCGAGCCCGGCGCGGCGAACGAGACGUGCGCGCACUGGGGCGCGUGCCCCGACGCGGGGUCCUGCGCCUGCGAGUUCCGCGACGACGUCUACACCUGCGACGACGCGCUCGCGGCGACGCGGACGCUCGCGGACUACCCCACGGAGAUCGACGACGCGCGCUUCGACCUGCCGCCGUACGUCGUCGACUCCUACCCGGCCUACGCGGGCGCCGAGGCCGUCGCGUCGUGGUGGGACGUCCAGGGCUUCACGGUGGCCGAGCGGCUCGCGCCGUCCGUCACGGAGUACGCCUCGGAGGCCUCCGCGGAGACGGCGCACCGCACGGACGACGCCGCGGAGAUCAAGGGCGAGACGUACGCGCAGCUGCCCGACGUGUUGUUGGGCUACUACGAGGGCGACGCCGUGACGGCGGGCGUCCGCUUCCCGGACCUCGGCGUGCCCCAGGGCGCGCUCAUCAUGGACGCCUACGUCGAGUUCACGUCGACGGCGUUGGAGGACGGGGCCCUGUCGCUCGACGUCCGCGCCGAGGCGUCGGACGACGCGCUGCCCUACGGCUGGGGCGCGGACCCGUUGGGGCCGAAAGACCGCGACGCGACGGAGUCCGUCGUGCUCUUCGAGACCGCGCCCUGGGCCGCGGACGAGACGACGCGCACGCCGUCGCUCGUCUACCUCGUCCAGGAGGUCGUCGACCGGCCGGGCUGGGGCUCCGGCCAAGCGCUGGGCCUGGUCUUCGCGCCGUCGGCGGGCGCCGGGUCGCGCGUCGCCCGGGGCUUCGCGGGCGUCUACGCGGAGGCGGGCGCGCCGCGGCUCUUCGUCCAGUACGUCCGCGCGGAGCGCUACACCAUCGCCCUGGGCCGAAUCGACGCCGACGUCGUCGAGCACGCGCCCGACGGCAACGUCUUCGCCGUCUCCGACGUCGAGCUCGGCGCGACGUCCGCGAGCGGCGUGCCCAUCGCAACGGCGCUCCGCUUCCCCCGGAUCCCGCUCCUGCCGGGCCAGGACGUCGUCCGGGCCCACGUCGAGUUCGCGGCGAGCGCCUCGAACCCGGACCGCCGCUCCGACGCUGCCGCGAGCGACUUCGAGUUCCGCGUGGAGCUCGCCGCGGACGCGGCGCCGUACGACGACGAAGAAGACUCGGGCCCCUACGACGUCCACGGCGACUACCACACGUCCGCGGAGGCGGAGUACAAUUUGCCGACCCGACUGGUCAGCGGAAGAACUUACUCGAACGCGUCGGUAAUCGGAACGAUCGAGCGACUCGAGGGCGGCGCGCGGUGGCGGACGCCGGACCUCGCGGCGCUCAUCCAGCCCGUGCUCGACGACGCGGACUGGCAGGAGAACAACUCGCUCGCCUUCGCCGUGCGGUCCGUCGACGUGGGCUACGCCGACGGCGCCUGGUUCGCGCCGCCCGGGGAGAGCGCCUACGGCCGGAGCUUCAUGAGUUCCGCGGACGCGAGCCCGCCGGAGCUCGUGCUCCUCGUCGUCGGCGCGGACCGGCCGUCGCCGACCGACCCACCCACGCUUUCCCCCUCGACGGCGGCGCCGACGCUGGCGCCGUCGACGACCGCGCCGAGCCUGGCGCCGACGCUCGCGCCGUCGACGUGCGCGGACCGGCCGGGCAGCGACGGCCUCUGCAUGGUCGUGCUCUCGCUCGACACGGACGCGUGCCGGACGCGGUUCUGCCCCGAGUGCAAGUUCAGCCACGCCUGCGAUUUGACCUGCGGGUUUUGCUACUCCAUGCUGCCGACGCCCGUGCCCUCGGCCGCGCCGACGGAGAACCGGACGCUGUGGUUCAAGAACGGCGACGCGGCCAAGGACUGCGCGUGGGUCGCCGCGCUCCCGGCGACGCGCUGCGACGUUCGGGGCUGGGACGGCGCCGUCGCCUGGGAGGCCUGCGAGGCCUGCGGCGCCACGGCGUCGCCGACGGGCUAUCCGACGGCCCCGCCGGCGGCCGCGCGGCGCCGGCUCCUCGCCGAGCCCGCGCGGCGCCUCGACGACGGGGCCUGCGCGCCGGGGCGCGUGAACGCGACGGGCUCGCUGUCCGCCGUGCUUUACUACGCGCUCGUCGACACCUACACGUCCGAGUCGCUGCUCACCGGCGUGGCCUACGGGGACGAGAGCGACGCGGUGUGCCUCGAGGUCGGCGUCUGCUACGCCUUCGAGGUGCUCGAGCCGGCGUUGCCCUACGGCGCGACCUGGUCCGUCGACGUCGGGGGCGCGGCCCUCACGGGCGCGGCGCCCUUCUUCGGCUACUUCCGGCUCCGGAGCGGCGACGUCGUCGCCGUCGACGACUGCGACGACGACGCGGGCCACUACUUGUCGGACGUCGACGGCGCGGCCGCGGCGUUCUGGGCGCCCUUCGCGUCGUCCGCCGGCGCCGGCGACGACGACGGCGGCGGCGGCGCGGUCGAGUGCUACACGAAGUCCGUGUGGACCGAGCCCGCGAUCCCGACGGACGACUACCUCGGCUGCACGCGGAGCGGCUCCUACGACGCCCUCGCGCUCACGAAGACCUGCCCGGCCUACGGCGACGGCGACGCGGAGACGCACUGCUGGUCCGUGACGCUGUCCCAGCCGAGCCUCGACUCGACGGCGUGCCACGACGUCCAGCUCGUCGGCGGCUGCUGGAGCGACCUCGAAGACGUCUGGCCGGCGACGGCCGCGGCGCGACGCGCCUACGAGGACGAGAACGCGACCUUCGUCGGCGCGGCGCCGCCGGGCCGGGGGCCCCUCGUCGCCGACGACUGCGCGACGCUCGCGGCGGUCUACUUCGACGCGACGUACGGCGCGACGUGCGCGGGCUGCGCGGGCUCCCUCUGCACGAUGCAGGACCCGGCCUGGUACGCGAACGUCUUCGGCGUGCCCUCGAACAACGUCGAGGGCGCCCUGUCGUCCCUCGAGCGCGGGAAAGUGGUUGAGGCGGCCGACUGCGACGCGUUCGCGGUCUUGGACGCGAACUGCGACGACGACUACAACCACAUCGGCUGCAACUACGACGGCGGCGCCUGCUGCGACGACGGUGCCUUCGCGCCGGACGCGCGCAUCCGCGACCACGACAUCUCCUGCCGCGUGCCCUGGUUCCAGAGCGCGGACGACACGUGGCGCUACUCGCGCGUCGUCAACGGCGAGGUCUUCGCGACGGUGCCGACGCAGCUCUGGAAGGGCGUCGUCGAGGUGUUGGGCGUCAUCGACGCGCCGGGCAACCUCGAGGAGCACCUCUCGGCGGACGCGGCGCCGGACCGCUUCAACUCGACGCUCCCCUUCGCGGACGUCGACCUCGCGGACCUCGAGCGCUACGUCCCGUCGCUCGCGUGCCCGGACUGUCCAUCCUUCGAAGGCAGCUACCGCACCGUGCCCUUCUCCCUCGACGUGGGCCUGCCCAACGCCAACGGCUACGCGGAUUGGUCCCCGAAGCGGAACCCGGCGUGGACGUGCGCGGACUUCGGCGCCGCGGACUGGUUCGACUGCGACGCCCAGGGCGUCGACAACACCUUCGCACGGGAGCGCUGCGCCGCCUGCGGCGUCACGGACGCGAGCGAGUCCAAGACCCAGUUCACGUCGGGCUUCGACGCGGACGAGCCGCGCGCGCGCUAUCUGGCGAAGCCGAAUCUCGUGGUCUACGGCGUCCUGCUCACGCAGCAGCGGAACAAGGCCAUGGCCUGCAAGAAGGGGCGGCCCUACAACCGCUUUUUGAGCUAUCUCGACGCCUACGACCCCUGCCUCGACGACGACGACGGCCUCCGGGAGCCCUUUGGCGUCGACGCGACGUUCGUGUCCGGCUCCGACGUCUACCGCGAGUCGAACAUCGACGAGGUCUACGAUUUUUACGACGCCGAGGAGCUCGAUGCCGUGUCGGGUAUGCCCUUCGGGUUCACCUACUCCAUGCGGCGCAACGCGACGACGUCCGAGUACCCGAAGGACUUCCCCGUGUUCUGGGACGUCAAUUUGAACCGGACGCGGGCCAUGGACAUCUGGACGUUGAUCAAGGACGGCAACUACUUCGACGGCAACACGCGGUCCGUGGAGCUGUCCAUGAUCACGACGAACCGCAUGAUCUCGUCCCAGUUCCUCACGCUCACGUCCAUCGUCGGCGAGUCGCUCGACGGCGGCGGCGUCGAGUACAAGUACACCGUGUCCGUCAUCAACCCGAACCCCUACGGCACGCCCACGGCGACCGUGCGCCUCUUCUUCGAGCUCGUCUUCGUCGCGCUCCUCGGCGGCAUGCUCCUCAUCGAGGUCCGGGGCUGCCUCGCGGCCGCGAGACGGCGCGUCGCGAAGCUGCGGGUCCUCGGCGACGACGGCGCCGUCCGCUACUGGCCGGGUCUGCCGGCCUGCGGCUGCCUCAACGCGCUGCCCGCGGCGCUGCGCGCCCUCGCCGAGGCCGUCGCCGCGAGGGUCGCGGACGCGGGCCUUUUACCGACGGCGGACUACGUCCUCGCGACGCUCAUGAUCGUCGCCUGGGUCGGCGUCGUCGCCAAGGCGGGCUCGCUGAAGCGCUUCGACCUUCAUUACGACGUCUACAACGGCGGCGACGCCUGGAACCGGGCGGGCGCGCGGAUCCUCGACUACGACGCGGACUUUGAAGAUUUGCAGCGCGCGUUCGCGACGGUCCGCGAGCUCAGCGAGCUCAUCGUCCUCUACAAGCUGCUGGCCCUCUUCCUCAUCAUCGCCAUCGUCUGCGAGUUCUUGAAGUUGAUGCACUUCCACCCGUCCAUGGGCAUCAUCACGCGGACGAUCCAGAAGGCCGGGUCGCGGUUGUUUUUUUGGUUCAUCCUGCAGACGACGAUCUCCUUCCUCUACUCCAUUCUAGGCGUCAUGCUCUUCGGCCAGUCGUCGAGGGGCUUCGGGGACGGCGACAUCCCGGGCAUCUUCCAGUCCUUCUUCGGCUUCGCGAUGCUGUCCAUCGCGGGCAUGUACGACAUCGGCGAGUUCGAGAACAUCCCCGGCAUGGACGCGGCGGGGCUCGAGGUCUUCGGGUUCGCGGGCAUGUCCUACUACAUCACGCAGGCCUUCUACUGGUCCUACAUGGCCCUCAUGUUCUUCAUCAUGUUCAACGCGCUCCUGGCCAUCAUCUGCUCCGCGUACGACGACGUCCGCGCGGACAUCGACGGCCUCGCGCGCGACCCCUUCCUCUACAACCUCCUGCGGCGUCUCGGCGCGACGGGCGUGCCCCAGCGUCCUGUGGCCGUGACGAUUUUCGAGAGAUGCGUGCCCGCGCCCCGCGCGCUGCCCCUGGGCGCGCUCCACCACGUGCUCGAGGCCUGGGUCGGCGACUUCAUCGACGCGGAGAUCUCCGUCGACGAGAGCCUCGACGAGUUCGUCGAGCGGCGCCGGACCGUCGUCGCGCCCGCGCCGGACCCGUCGGUCCACGACGCCGUGCUCCAGGCCCAGUACGCGAUCGACGAGGCGCGGCCGAACCCCGUCGCGCGGCUCCUCUACGCGGUCCACGAGAGCGGCGCGCCCUCGGACGCGGGCUUCCUCGCGCUCGACGUCCACGGCCUCGCGCUCGUCAUCCGCGUCGCGUCGGAGCACUACUUCUCCAAGAUCCCGGUCGAGAAGCGCACCGUGGGCCACAUGUUCGGCGCCGCGACGGAGGCGGCGCCCAUGGACCGGCACGCGGCGCUCGCGAUGGCCUACAACCUCAUGAGCCGCUACGGCGCGGGCUGCGACUUCAACAACGACGGAAACGUCGAGGCCAACGAGGCGCACGCCGUGAAGACGCUCAUCCAGAGCAUGCCCGUCCUCCGCGACGAGUCCCGGAGCCCGCAGUCGCGCCUCGUCUACGCGUACGAGCGCGCGUUCGCGCCGGACGCGGCCGCGGGCGACGCCGCGUCCGAGGGCGGCUCGUCCCUGCACCGCGCGCAAGAGCCGCCGACGAUCGAGACGAAGCCCCCGCCGCGCAAGCACGGAGCGACGCGGCUCCGCCACGCGCGCGCGGGCCGGUCGCGGUCGCGGUCCGCGCGCGCCGCGCGGCCGCCCCAGGAGCUCCACCUCAAGGACGUCAUCAUGCGCGAGUCCGAGGCCGCGGACGUGCCCCUCUGCGGCGUCGGCUCCUGCGACGCGCCCUUCGUCAACGACGUGUCGUCCUUCCACGGCCCCGCCGUGUGUGAAUAUGACGUCCUCGAAGGACAAGCCCGUCGCCGUGUGGGCGGGCGGUCCUGCGCCUGA